UAAAAUACUGUGGAUUUUUUCCUCUCCAAUAUUGCCGGGCUAAGCAACAGUGGCUAUAUAAAAGAGGAAAUGGCAGUAAAUAUUUGCCCACCAUAGUAUUUUUCCUAUUGUUUGCCUAUGCUCAAUGGCUAUACGAGCAGAAUGUGAUACAAAUCGAUACACUUGAAUCUCUGGGAGCUGACACACAACCAGAAUACGAGGAAAUAAGAAUGGCAAAAUUCAGUAUACAUAGACUUUUUUAUGGUGUGGUUCCGUUGUGGUCUCUUUGGAGGAACUGGGAACUCUGGCAUCUAAUCAAUCAGGCGCAAAAGGCGUAUAAACAUUUGAAAAAUCUACUGGGCAGAGAUUUCCGUUUGGAAUGCUCUUGGACAUUAUUUGUCAAUGGCUUACUCUUUAUCAUCUUCAUUAUUUUGGGUGUUUUCAAAACCAUUUGGCUCGGCUAUCCGACAACGAAGAGUGAACUACCUCAAUAUGGAAGUUAUAAACUUUGUAAUUACAUAUUGGAUAUAUCAUAUUGUAUAUUUUUUGUGAUAUUGGCUCUACAUUUGUAUUAUCAUAUUCUACAUGCUUGUCUCUGUGAAUCGUUGAAUGGCUUGAUAUUGAAAAACAAUCAGAAUUUAAUUAAGGGUCUAUUCCAGGCAUUGCCCUAUUUAAGAAGAAUGAACUAUAUCGCUGGGUUUUACUUUAACGCAUCGUAUAUAUGUUUACUUUUACUGAUCUGCAAUAGAUGCAUUCAUUUUCUAGAACUUUUGAAAAUCGAUGAUACUGAGUUGUUGUUGGAAAACCGAAAGAGUCUUGAGGACAUGGAACAAGAAGCAGAAUGGGCAGGACAAGAUUGGCAAAUGGUGGAAUCGGGGAACCCCUUAACGGAAGCGGCCAUAACACUAGCUUGGCUGCUGGGCAUAUGGAUAUUAGUUUUAUCGGCUGCAGGACUCCAACAAAUAGCCCAUCAUAAAUUCGCAGAGAAAUUGUCCGAUUUGGAUUUUCCAUUUAACGCAGAGGAAUUGAUAGUUGGAUCAACAUCCGAACUAAAUAUCGAAAUUUGGAGAGCUAAAAACGAUAUUUUGGAUUUAAAGGUAGGUAUAAACUCACAAACCAAACUAUAG